AUUUUAGAAAGAAGAAGGGAGAGAAGAAGCUGUUCUUCAUACGUUUCAUUCUCUCAGUAUCCAAAACUAACAGAAAUCACGCCUCUCUCCAUUCCUCCUCCUCCAAACAAAACCCUAAUUUCCUCUCUCAGCAACAACAGAAAUAGAAGAAACCCCCCAUCUCUCUCGCAUUAACACUGAAAUCCCCUUCUCUUCAAUAACAAGAAUUGCCUUCUGUCUCUGUUAUUUCUAUCUAUAGCACUGAAACUCUCUCUCUUUUUUUAAAGAUUUCUGGGAGAGAAUAUUAAAAAUACAAGAUAAACAAAUUUAAUUUUCGCGGAGCGGUUACUGAAACGGUUACGUUUUAGGCUGUAGAGAUAUAGCCUUUCCUUUUGCUAGGGUUAGUACUUCUCUCUAUUAUCUCUCUGACCUUGUGUGUUUAUUUCGCUCUCUAUUAUUCUUGUUCAAUUUGUUCAUGUAACAAACCCUAGGGCAUUGCAGUUACGCUAUUAGAGAUACACAAGUGUAUGAACUAGGGUUUUCAAUUUUUUCUGCCUUCUUUUUUUUCCUGGGGUUGUCAUUGAAUUUCAACUGGUUUAUGGGAGUGAACUCUUGGUUUAGAAUUGUGGGUUUGCUUUGGAUGUUGCCUUGGACUUUUUGUUGAAUUGGGAUUCUUGUUAAAGAUGAGUGCCUGUUGAGUUUGUGGUGAUAUUAGAGAUAUUUAUCUGCAAAUCCAUCUUUUAAUAAAAGAUGGAAGUGUAGAAAAGAGAGGGAAAGCUUGGUGUCAUUUCAAAAUCUUUUUGCUUUUGAUUAAUAUGUGGUGGAAAAGAUGUACAGGAUAGAUAAUUCGAGAGUUGGUUAGUUGGUGAUUGUUUAAUCAUUGGAAGAAUGGUGUUUAUUUUAGGAGAGAAAAGUAGGGUUAGGAGCUACACGGUAUAGUGGUUUUGUAUAGGAUAAUAGCUCUCUUAAGAGGGGGUGAAGAAGAUUGAGAAGUGUUUUCUUUUUUUUCUUGUUGGAUCUGAUGAUGUUAAGUGCUCGUACUUAUGGAAAGAAGUGAGCCCUCAUUAGUACCAGAAUGGUUGAGAAGUCCAGGCAGUGUUUCUGGGGCUGGCAAUUCAGCCCACCACUUCGCAUCGUCUUCUUCCCACUCAGAUGUCUCUUCAUUGGGAAAUCACACCAGAAAUAGGAGUUUUAAGAGCAUAAAUGAUUUUGAUUCCCCUCGCUCUGCUUUUCUGGAUCGGCAAUCUUCAUCUAAUUCACGGAGAAGUUCUAUCAAUGGGUCUGCAAAGCAUCCUUACAGUAGUUUUAGUAGAAGUCACCGGGAUAAAGAUCGAGAAAGGGACAAAGAGAGAUCAAGUUUUGGAGACCAUUGGGACAGAGACUCUUCUGAUCCCUUGGGAGGCAUAUUAACCAGUAGGAACGAGAAGGACACCUUGCGCCAUUCCCAUUCAAUGGUAUCGAGGAAACACAGUGAGGUGAUGCUGCGCAGAGCUGCAUCGGAAUUAAAAAAUGGGAGCAGCAGCAAUCACGCGAACAGCAAUGGUUUGGUUUCUGGGGGUAGUUUUGGUAGUAGCAGUCAGAAGGCAGUAUUUGAAAAGGAUUUUCCCUCACUUGGAAAUGAGGAUAGGGAAGGAGUGCCUGAUAUAGCAAGAGUUUCGUCUCCUGGUUUAAGCUCAAGUGUUCAGAACUUGCCUGUUGGUAGUUCUGCUUUGAUUGGUGGAGAGGGAUGGACAUCAGCUCUGGCAGAGGUGCCAACUAUUAUUGGAAACAGCAGUACGAGUUCUUCAUCUACUGCACAGACUGUUGCUGCUUCUUCAUCUGGCACUUCAAGUGUAAUGGCUGGUCUCAAUAUGGCUGAAGCAUUGACUCAAGCUCCAUUAAGAACUCGCACUGCUCCACAGCUGUCUGUCCAGACACAAAGGCUUGAGGAAUUGGCUAUUAAGCAAUCAAGGCAGUUAAUACCUGUGACUCCCUCUAUGCCUAAGAAUUUGGUUCUCAGUUCAUCUGAUAAAUCAAAGCCUAAAACAGGAAUCAGACCUGGUGAGAUGAAUAUGGCUGCCAAGAGCUCACAACAGCAGUCUUCAUUGCACCCUGCUAAUCAAUCUUCUGUAGGGGUACAUGUAAAAUCUGAUGCAACAAAGACAUCGGGGAAGCUAUUUGUUCUCAAACCGGUAUGGGAAAAUGGUGUCUCUCCUUCUCCAAAGGAUGCUGCUAGUCCAAAUACUUCCAGCAGAACUGCAAAUAGUCAACUUGCUGCUCCUUCAGUUCCAUCUCCGCCUCUGAGGAGUCCAAACAACCCAAAGAUUUCUUCAGUGGAUCGCAAGCCAACUAGCUUGAAUUUAAAUUCAGGAUUUGGUGGGGAAAAGAGAACCCAGAGCAGGAAUAAUUUCUUUAAUGACCUGAAGAAGAAAACUGCUAUGAACACUUCUUCAGUUGCAGAUUCAGCAUCUGUUGUUUUGUCUCCGGCCAGUGAGAAAUCUUGUGAAGUAAUUAAGGAAGUUGUCAGUGCUCCUGCAAGUCCUCAAGCUGUUCAGAAUGGUGCUGAACUGACUAGCAAUGGUGGGACCUUAGAAGAGGUUCAAAGAUUUUCUGAGGAAGAGGUUUCUUUCCUUCGUUCUCUAGGGUGGGAGGAAAAUUCAGGGGAGGAAGAAGGACUCACAGAGGAAGAGAUUAAUGCCUUCUUGCAAGAGUAUAUUACAAAGAAGCCGUCCCUGAAAGUGUGUCGAGGUAUGCUGCAAAAUCCGAAUGAAUGCCAUGCUGCGACUUUGGGUGGAGCUUCCUUUGCAUCCAGCUCAUCUGACUCUGGAUCAGAUGCUUAAUGCUGAUCUCUGAAACAGUAGACCCAAGAGAUUCCGAUUUUUGAUGACAGGUUGCUAGUUUCUUUCUUUCUUUCUUUUUUCUUUUUUUUUAAGAAGGCUGGUAAGUUGCGAAUGGAAGAAGGGGGUGAAUUUUUGGUUGGAACUCUGCAUUUUGCAAAUAGUGCACUAAGUUACAGAUGCCCCGAAUCCUGCCUUCCCAGUAUAGGGUAAUUUUCAAGAUGUUAAGGUUGGUUGGUUUGGGAGAAGGGUAGGUUAGAGCUGUUUUGUCGGGGAGAAAUCGCUACAUCGUUUGGGGGUAUUUCGUCUUUUUCACUUUUCUUCGCUAAAGGGUUUGAUUCUACAAAGAAAGCUUAUGGGUUUUUUGCCAAUUUUACGGAAAGAGAGAAAAUCUGAAGGCAUCAUUUUCAGUUUAGUUAAUGCAAGUAUUUUUUGUGUUCUCA